CAUUUAUUGACGCUAAUUGUAUAUAUGUGGUGAAACAUAUUGCAUUUUGCAUUUGUAAUUUUAAUCAAGUGAAGUAAUUUAGACGAUUUGUAAAUAAACUAAUUAUUACAUAUACAAGUUCAAGUUAAAACACAAUUUGCAAGUUUAAAAUUUGCCAUGUAAUGAAGUUGAGUGUAUUUAGUUAUUUUCGAUAUUCCUCGUGCUAGCGUUUGGUAUACAAUAGUCAAGUACCUACUUUGUUUAAAACUGACAAGAAAGAUUUAAUUAGUUUUCGAUAAUAGCAGUGCAAUAAACUUUAUUAUCGGUCAAAUUGGCUGGCCAGUCUCAUUUGAGACUCACGGAAUAUAAGAUUUUAAAAUAAUGCGAGAAUUUAAAGUGGUUGUGUUGGGUUCGGGCGGUGUCGGCAAGUCUGCCCUUACUGUCCAAUUCGUUUCCGGGUGCUUUAUUGAAAAGUACGAUCCCACCAUUGAAGACUUCUACCGAAAAGAAAUAGAGGUUGACAAUUCACCGUGCGUAUUGGAAAUAUUGGAUACCGCUGGUACAGAACAGUUUGCAUCAAUGAGGGAUUUAUAUAUAAAAAAUGGACAUGGAUUUAUUGUAAUGUAUUCGUUGACAAACCAUCAAACUUUUCAGGAUAUAUCAAGCAUGAAAAAUGUCAUAACAAGAGUUAAGGGAAGUCAGCCGGCCCCAAUUUUACUAGUCGCAAAUAAAAUUGAUUUAGAUUGUCAAAGAGAAGUUUCUACUGAGGAAGGAAACGCCCUCGCUCGACAAUGGGACUGUCCGUUUAUUGAAGCAUCAGCAAAAGAUAGAAUAAACGUAAAUGAAGUGUUUGCAACUAUAGUACGUGAAAUGAAUAUGACACAGGAAAAACGCCAGAAAAAAAGUUACUGUUGUUGUACACUUUUAUAGAAAUAUUAAAAAACGUAUUAAUAUAAAAUUAGCUCAAAAGUGUACGAGUAAUUGUAUUAUUUUACUUUAAUAUAUUUUGCUCUUAACUUACACUGAUUUUCCAAGGCCAUGCAAAUAUACGUAUAUGAAGGUUAUUUGUAUAACAUUAACGAAA